CUCGCAGACGCGCAAGUUUUCGCUCCGCGAAAGUAACCUAGCCUAACCUGACCUAAAAAAAUAGAUAAUCAAAAAUGCUCGAGUUUGUAAAAGGCAAAAAAUGGAGAAGAGGGGAAGAGGAAAACAAUAUUGUGAAACCAAAUAUUGUGAAAGUCAAAAGUCUAGAUUAUAUCUGUGCUGAAUAACUUUCUUCAGAAUCAAAGGCAUUCUUUAUAAAUUUAAUAUAAAAUAAUGUAUGCACCACAUAUGUAUAUAUAUAUAUAUAUAUAUUUACACACAUACAUGAAAAACAAUACACACACAUGUUGGAGGAAACAAGAGGCAUAGAUACGCUUUAGUAUUUUAGUUGACUCAACGGAAAGAUGUAGAUGGAGAUAUCGAUUCCUCAACUAUGCAUUUAUCCUUCUCUACUGGAGUAAAUGAACACAACUGAGAAUUGUCAUUAAGUGCCGGGUCGUGUCAACGAAAGCACGGCGCCAUGACGAGAGUUAGUACGCAAUAAUUCCGCUGAAGGCGCUUUGAAGCGUACAUGUUCGUACAUGUGUUGUCAGGUUGCGUCUUGUGUCAGGUCAGACGGUCAGACGUCAGCCGUCAGAUGCGACAGAUGCGAUUGGAGAUUAACGAUUGACAAGUAAACGCGAGCCGCGAAGCGUGCAACAAGCAUGAACGAAACGCAGGGAAAAAUGAUCAAAGAAGAUGAAAUUAAUCUCUUCAAUCCUGCUAUACUGGAUAGAAUAUCAAUAUCGCAUGUCGCUGGAUUGUUCAUAAGACCAUUGAGAAAUACAGAUUAUGAGAAAGGUUUUUUAGUUCUUUUGUCUCAAUUGACCGACGUUGGAAAUGUUACAAAGGAACAAUUCUUAAAUAGAUUCUACAGCAUGAAGACUGCUGGCGGUUACUAUGUUGUAGUUAUCGAGGACAUAAAUUCUGGGAAAGUAAUUGCAUGUGCAACAUUGGUUGUAGAGCAGAAAUUUAUUCAUAAUUGUAGUUUGCGUGGACGUUUGGAAGAUGUAGUUGUCAACAACAGUUAUAGAGGUAAAUCAUUGGGGAAGCUGGUGGUGACAAUAAUAAUGCAAUUAGCACGCUACUUUCAUUGUUAUAAGUUAUCUUUGGAUUGUACGGAUCGUCUAGUGCCAUUCUAUGAGAACAUAGGUUUCAAAAGAGAAACUAACAAUGCUAAUUAUCUUAAUAUGCGUUUCCACAAUGAAAACCCAACUGAACAGUCACAUUUAUAGUAAUUGAAUUUGCUUUAUGGUGGCCUUGUGUCUGAUAAUGAUGGAUUGACCAAUCAAAACUUGCAAUGCAAUAUAUUAUACACAUAAACGAAAAAUGUAAAAAUAUCCUUAGCAAGAGUCGAAAUUUGAAAGCAAGAUACAUUUGAUUGGAAUCUUGAAUGGAAGAUAUAAUUCGAUUUUUUCUAGGAAAAAAAAAUCUCAUUAAAAAUCUCAUUAACAAAAAA